GACCUUUCAUAAUCGAGCACAAUCGCGUGGAGCAGAGUGACAAGCGCACAAUCCCUUCGCAAUGAAGACAGUUAUUUUAUUAACCAUCUUAACCACAUCGCUGUUGUGUGUGGGUGGUGACCACUUGGUGGUGGGCAACACCGCCAACAGAGUGGUCCUCGCAGAGCACAAGAGGGUCGAAUACAACGCCAUACCUUUCAUCAAAAGGGUUAAAUAUUUCUUCUACUCUUCACCGGAUAACAAAGUUAUUCAGGGAAUCCAGGCGCUGGACACGCUGCAUAGCAAGGCUUCCAUCAACAUAACAGCGGGUGGUGUGGGGCACAGUUUCGUUAACAUGCGCAUGAAGAGCGAACGCGGGAAGGCGCUCGGUUACGACAUCGGCAUCUACGUCAACCCACAAUAUCCAUGAUAAU